CAAACGAACUGUCAAAACCAGCAGUUUUAGUGUUGUCGGUUUUGUUUUGCUGGCAGUCUACACGUCCACCUUUGGCUUUCAGAUUUUUUCCCGGUGGCCAUUCCGACAGUUGAAGAGAGGCAUGGUUCGCGUCCUGUUUGUCCACCCGGAUCUGGGAAUCGGCGGCGCCGAGCGGCUGGUGGUCGAUGCGGCGCUUGCCCUGCAAAGCAAGGGCCACACGGUGAGCUUCCUGACGAAUCACCACGAUCCGGAGCACUGCUUCGAGGAGACGCGCGACGGCAAGCUGGCGGUGACGAUCGUGGGCGACUGGAUUCCGCGGGACAUUUUCGGCCGGUUCUACGCCGUUUGCGCGUACGUCCGGAUGGUUUACGCGGCGUUUUACUUCAGCUUUUGCCUGUCGAAGCGGGAGCGGUUCGAUGUGGUGUUUUGCGAUCUGAUUUCGCUCGGAAUUCCGAUCUUCCGGCUGGCCAAGCAGAAGCCGAAGGUGCUGUUUUACUGUCACUAUCCGGAUCAGCUGCUGUCGGCGCCGGGAAGUCUGCUGAAGCGCUACUACCGAAUGCCGUUGAAUUAUCUGGAGGAGGUCACGACUGGGCAGGCGGAUGGGAUUCUGGUCAACAGCAAAUUCACCAGUCGAGUGUUUAAGGAAACUUUUAAGAGAAUAUCCGUUGAUCCGGACAUUCUGUACCCUUCGUUGAACACGAAGUACUUUGACCAGACGGUCCUCGAGGAGAAGGACAAGCUGACGGGGAUUCCCGAAGACAAUUUCGUCUUUCUCUCGAUCAAUCGCUACGAGCGCAAGAAGAACCUUCCUCUAGCUUUGCACUCCUUCCGGAAGCUCCAAGAGCUGGUCUCCGCCCAAGAGUUCCACAAAGUUAUCCUCAUAAUGGCCGGCGGCUACGACGAGCGCGUCCUCGAGAACGUCGAACAUCACGACGAGCUGGAAGAACUCGCCGAAGACAUGGGCCUCCGCCCGAAAGUCCGUCUCCUGCGCUCGCCAAACGACCGCGAAAAGCUCUUCCUCCUUCAACGCGCCCAAGCCCUCAUCUACACCCCGGAAAACGAACACUUUGGCAUCGUCCCGCUCGAGGGAAUGUACCUCGGAAAGCCGGUAAUCGCCGCCAACAGCGGAGGCCCCACCGAAACCAUCAUCCACGACCAAACCGGCUUCCUGUGCGAUCCUACCCCGGAAAAGUUCGCCGCCGCCAUGGCCAAACUCGUGCGUGAUCAUCACCACGGCGAGCGGAUGGGUCAAAUGGGCCGGAAGCGCGUCCAGCAGCGGUUCUCGUUCGAGGCGUUCUCCACCAAGCUGGACAACAUCGUGACGGAUUUGGUGGCGUGCCCGACGGAGGAACCGCGCAAGCAGAAAUAGCGAAGAAUCAUUUUUCCGCUGUCGGCGUUUCUGCUCGCGCUGGCCCUGCGGAAUGUGGUAAGGAAUUAGGGCUUGAUGAGGACUGAACAUGGAUUGGGGAGGGGAGGGCGAUUCUGUGUGCCACAAAAUUUGCGAACUCGAAUCAUGAAGAGUUUGAGGGCGCGCUGGGAAGGAGCAAAAUUUCAUUUGUGUGAUAAUGUUAAGCUAAAAAAGGGGAACCUUUAGCAAUAUAACACGCAGUUCUCUCAAAAAUUGUAAUUUAAUGUAAUUAACGAUUAUAAGAAAAGGAAUUCAUGAUAAAUGGUAGAAUCCGUAACAUAUAAAAAAAAAAACAAAAUUCGAUAACCUAUAAAAUACCUAGAGUUUUUUGAAAAGGACUAAGAAAGGUCCUUUAAAAAAAAACUCUUGAUAUGUUCCAAAGUUACUGAAAAAAAUAUGAUUUCAUCAAACUAUGAAAAAUAUUUGCAACGGCCUAAACAAUAUUAAAUUUUAUUGCCGUUUUAUUAAAUUAGGUACCGUUAGUUUUGAGUGUGAAAAACUUGUAUUACAAAAUAUCGUACAUUUUGAAAAUAAUACAAUCUUCAUUGAUUGCAUGACACUGAAAAAAUCUUUGCAUUUUUUUUUGUGCAAAUUUGAUAGUUUUACUUUGAGCAUGAGCAUGAGCAUGAGCAUGGUUGACUGCCAAUGAGCUGCUACUCCGUUAUUGACAGAUCAGCUGAAGUU